AGUAGCCAUGGGGACUAAAAUGUCUGUUUCGAUUGAAAAUACAAUGCAUCCCGAAAUAGCACCACGAGUCGAUCGCCCACCCACGUUUGAUCCCCAAGCUGGAUUCGAGAGGCCGAGAAAGGUCCGAGAAAUGAAGGCCACGUGGGAAGAAAUGAAUCAAUAUGAUUUGAAGCCAGGCCAACGGGAUUAUUGUGCCCAUCAUUUAAUCGCCCUGAUCAAGUGUCAAAAACAGUACGCGCCUUUCGCGGGACACAUGUGCGAUACGGAGCGAGGUACAUGGGACAAGUGUGAAUACGACGACUAUAUCAUGCGCAUUAAGGAGUUUGAACGUGAGCGACGACUUCUGAUGCGAAAGCAACGCAAGGAAAUGGCUUCCGCCUAAACUAUGUAGAUUGAGGGUAGAAUAGAGAAGUUUGCCUGGAUCAAGGUUUCUAUGAACUGCUUGUGGCUGCA